GACCUUUUUUUGUGGAGAGUGAUCAUUCACAGUGUGUCGACGAUCUUAGCCUGGAAGACGAAAGGGAAAGGAAACCGCAAGCGGUAGCUUCCAUUCCAGUCGGCAAGCUUGUGUGUGCUCGCGUGGAACGUCGCCAGCUUUGACGCGUUUAUUUCUUGGAUUUCGCCGCUACUGCUCUAUUGGUUCCUCUCCCUUGCUGCCGCCGCUGACCGUGUGUGGGGCUUUUGCCUGGCGUGGAAUUGUCCACGCACCGCAUUAGUCCAAGUUGGUCAAAGCCAAGCGGACUAAGCUAGUCACCCAGCUAGCUCCCCCUGCUAACUACCUCGCUGUGAGGCUAGCGGGGAACUAGCUUCGUUUUUGGGUGGGGGGUGGGGGUGGGGGGGAGACUGUUUGUUAAAACUCGGCGGACGCUCCAAGAAGUGUCCCGGGGAGGCUGAGCUACGACGUUUAUUUCGUCGGGGGAGCCUGCUGCUUAAUACCCUGCGCAUUUAGCCCCGGACGCCCUACGUAGGCCUCAGUCGAAACCCCGGUGUCUCCUGUGCCCCUCCGCAGCUGCUUGAACGCCUUUCUCCCUGUUUUGUUUUGGCUUGCUCGACCAGCGAGAGUUGACAGGUCAAGCUCCAUCCUGUACUGUGUAAUGUUUUUGCACAUGGGUAGAACUAAGGUCCUGAGUCGAGCAACUCCCUCCACGUUACCAGCUCCUGGGUGCUACGCAGACUUCUCCCUGAGGAGCCAAGAAGCAGACGGCUCAUGACUUCUGACCAGGACGCCAAGGUUGUCGCUGAACCACAGGUGCAGCAAGUACAAGAGGCCAAGGACAACGUUCAUUUGGAAUCUGCCAAGGUUUCGGACCUCAACCCCAAUGCGAAAGCAUGGGCCAACCACAUGUUUAGCCUGGACCCCAGCGGCGGUGCUGACAAGUGCACUGCGGCCCUGCAACCAUGGAAGGAGGGCUGCGAGAGCUCGGCCCAGCAUGGCCCACCAGGUUAUGGAGCAAAUGAAGAGGACAAGGCUUAUCAAGAGCCUCUGCUAACCGAGCCCGAUGAACCUCCGCUGGUGAUGUUGGCCCAGUCUCCCGCCUUGGCCGCGCCCGUUACCCUGGAGCACUCGGAGCCGCCCUUCCCGGAAUUCCCAGAGCAGAGGCCGCCUGCAUCCGCAGUCAGUGAUCCCCAACCUGAGAAUCCCCAGGAGGGUUUGCGAGAGCAGCUGAAGAAAACUCUCGAAUUCUGUCUUUCUCGCGAGAACCUGGCCAGUGACAUUUACCUCAUCUCUCAAAUGGACAGUGACCAGUAUGUGCCAAUCGUGACUGUGGCCAACCUGGAUCACAUCAAAAAGCUCAGCACCGACGUCGAGCUCAUUGUGGACAUUUUACGCUCUCUGCCUUUGGUCCAGGUAGAUGAGAAGGGGGAGAAGGUGCGACCCAAUCAGAACCGUUGCAUCGUGAUCCUUCGAGAGGUUCCAGAGAGCACCCCAGUCCACGAGGUGGAGGCCCUCUUUAAAGGAGACAGCCUACCUAAGUUUAUCAACUGUGAAUUUGCCUACAAUGAAAAUUGGUUCAUCACCUUUGAGUCUGAAGCAGAUGCACAACAGGCAUAUCAGUAUCUCCGGGAGGAGGUGAAAACCUUUCAAGGGAAGCCUAUCAAGGCGAGAAUAAAGGCGAAGGCAAUCGCUCUGAACACAUUCAUGCCAAAGAAUGGUUACCGGCCAGUGGAGGUGAACCCGUACGCUCAGCAACGCUACACAACAUCCUACUACAUCCCGCCGAUGUACAGCCCCCAGCAGCAGUUCCCCCUCUACAGCCUCAUCACGCCUCAGGCCUGGUCGGCCACUCACAGCUUCAUAGACCACACGCUGGUUGCUCCAUUUCACAACAACCAAUUCAUCAACGGAUUUACAUCGGCCAGUUUCAAACCAGUGACUACUACUCUCAAUGUCAGACACCACUCACCCAGAAACAGGAAUCACAGCAAACCUCACCUGAGGCCAACUCUCCCGGCCGCAGAGCGCACAGGGCUCCUGGACAGCCCAGCUCUCUUUCCCAGUUUCCCCAGCGACAGAUUGAACGGUGUCCGCAGCAGCCCACCCACGCGCUUCCCUGCCAGCCAGCCUAGGAGCAGGUUACCUCCUGUCGCCUUGACCUCCUCUGUCUUUCCCCGCCGGGAGUCGGCGGGCACAGGUCGGGUGUGCGACUUCACCGCCACAGCAGACUACUCCCUGGGAAUGGGCCGAGGCAGGAAAAAGAGGGACGAAAAAUUUACACGAGUGACACCUCAAUCGCCGCCGCCUCCACCCAAAGCGCCGUCUCCGAGCUUUGAGUUGGGCCUCUCCAGCUUCCCUCCUUUACCCGGAGCCGCCGGGCAUCUCAAGGCGGAGGACAUCUUCGACAACCGACAGGCCAGCGGCAUUGCACCGCCCACCAAGGACAGAAACGUGAGUGUUGACUCCAGUCCCGGUGGAGCCCUCACCUCGGCCGACCCCAAAGAGCCUCUUCGGGCGCCCCCUUCCUCGUCCUCUUCUUCCUCUCUGUUGCCUGUGAGCUUCAUAUCUUCGCCCACUACACUCGCCCCUGCUGUGGCAUCCACCUGGACUCCCACGGCGUGCACGCCACUGCCUCCCUCCAUCCCAGCAGCAGAAGCGAGGGUGUCAGAGGUGAAGCAGGCCAAGGAGGCGCAUCUGUCUGUGGAGCGAGUUCCCGGCACGCUGUCCACCGCCAGCAAGUCUGUGCAAGUCAACGGCGCUGCAACGGAACAGCGGAAACCUUCCUAUGCCGAGAUCUGCCAGCGAGCAAAGGAGACCCCCGCACCGACACAGCCUCUAGCCCCCAAGGAAGCCAAGCCAGCAGGUUGUGCCCCCACGGACGAGGAGAAGAAGUGCCCCGACGUCUCAGGCCCGGCAGGGGAAGCCACUAAGGCCAGAGAGACUUGUCCCCCGUCCUCCAAGUUGGCCCCGGGAAGACCCCUGCGGGACGGGCGCAGGGCAGCUGGCCGCUGGGCCUCUCCGCCGCCCCACCCAGGAAAGAAGGAUUCCCACCAUACCCCACCCAAGUCCCCCCUGUAGGGCCCAACCCUUCCACUCAACCCCCCGCCCCCACCCACGCUCUAUUCUAUUGAUGCGUUAAACAAAAAACAGCAACCAUGUCAGGGCUACUCUGUUCUUGUUCUUCUCUCCACACGUUCAACACGAGCAAAGAGAGGACGCCUUCUGUUCUGGAUCAGGGCUUGCAGACAAAAAGCACUUUACUGUGCAUGUGAAGCACCGUCUCAUGGUUUAAGUAUUUAUUUGGUUUCCCCCCCAUGCCCUUUUUUUGUUCUUUUUAAUAAUCACUUUGAGUUGUCUCUUUUUGGGUUUGUUUGUGGCACUGAUAGGGUUGUAAAUGCAUGGAUGGGGAUUUUGAAAAUAGUCCGAAUCGGAAACUUUCCAUUGGAAUUCAUUGGGAAUUGAGGGUCACUUAUAAACAUUUCAACCUUGAAACGUUUAGUUUUGUCAUAAACAGACAUCCAUGCAAAAUAGAUGUUUCCUAUUUGGCUUGUGAUCUGGAUUUUGGCUUGGAAAAAAUGCAAAGAAAUUGACCAAGCAGAACUGGAAAAAAAUAACUAAAAUCUGUAAGCAGAAGUGUGAUUUUUAGUCAGUUUUAGUCAGGAUUAUGCCCAAAUAUAUUUCAGCCAACUGUACUGUAUUUAAAGUUUCCUGUUGAGAGCCAACCUUAAAUUUUCUCCAUUCCUGAUUCACUCCCAUUUUAUUCCCCAUAAAUUCCCAUGGAAAGUUAGUGUUUUUAAAAAUUCCCGCCAUUUUGCAACACUGGAUACAAGAGACAUUCCUAGCCGUUGAAGCGCUAUGACGGCGCCUUCGUUUUUUUCUUCUUUUUUUUUUUUUGCAUGUUGGGAGAGGCCUUCCUUGUUCCACACUGUCACGUCACCGUACGAAAGUUCUAACAGUGUGAGGUGCUCACCGUUCAUUCGCUCUUUGUCGGAUGCUUCGUUCCGCGGAAUUAGGGGCGCGUCUAGUCGUGUGGCGUCGUCAGCUCCAGCGGGCUCAACUUCAAGAUGAAACGGGACUGUGUUACAGGAAGUGUCGGCCUGUUUGGUUAGCAUGGGCUCAAAAUGUUCAGUUUAACUAAGUGAAUGCCAGGUGCCAUUUUAGGCAUCUGAGCUGUGCUCUUUGAUUGACAGGCCAUGAUGGAAAACUGCAAGCGUUUGGGUGGGAAUAGACGAGGAAAAGAGGAUUAAUCUCAGCACACAACAUGAACGGUAUUUUUGGAAGAGGGUGGGGGAGGUGUCACGUGCAUGACUUAGUCCUACCUGCUUCUCAAUAAGUAACUGCUAAGCGUAUAUCCUUUGUGUGCUUCGCGGAUCUAAAUUGGUCAAUUGCGCCUAACGCUUUACCAAAUUCGCUUUUGUGAGCUGUUGCAACCGCUACUUGUGUAACCCGCGUGCGAGCUGCGUCAUUUAGAAAGCUGCGCUUGCAUGAUAAAGGCACAUUUGAGACGAAAGUGGGACUUGAGAGUUGUUCUCGGCUUUACCAACGGCCAAACGAGACUUACUAAAUGUUCUCGUAAUUCACCAAACACGGUUGUGCAAUUUACAAUUUAAGUUAUACUCGUGAGCGUCACAAGAUGCGGAUGCGACUUGACAAAUGAUCGUAAGUCGCGCUAUUUUGUGGCUCCCGCUUAAGUCAUACGAGUUUCUGAAUACACGGGUGUGACUUAGUUCUUCGUUUUCACACUUGAUGGGAAAGCGUAGGUAAUUUGUGCUUGAGUUAUGAAAGUCUUGGGUUACACACUUUACAAAGUUGUGCUUGCGUUUUACAAAACACACGGGUGCCAUUCAUUUAGUUGGAUUUGUGAGCUUGGGAAGACAUGGGUGGGAAUUAUUUGUUUGCGCUUGACAAAAGGUGCAGGAGGCGAGAACAAAAGUCGCGUGCGCGACUUGACUCAACAGCACGCCGUCGCUCGGUUUCCUCAGGAGCUUGGGACAAACUCUCCAUCCUCACCCUUGCCCCCUGGUCCCUCCUAUGGCGGUGUUGAUAUUUUGCGUUGAAGUUAGAUGGCACUAUAUGACAUUGAAGGAUACGUUUUUUUGUUUGUUUGUUUGUUUGUUUUAAUGGCGUAUUAGUAGAAGGAAAAAGUGCCCCCCAGAGGACAUGGAGCGCCCUUUAGCAGCAUGUUAGCUCCAACUGUAAAUAAUGAGCAAGCGAGUCUGAGUCCAAACUCCAGAAACGCGUCUUCCUUCCGCCUGAAGCAAUUGAGUUACCCCCAGCAAGAGAAGGGAAACGUUUCUCUCCCCCCCCAUACCCCCUUACUUUCUUUAGGACUGAGAUGCACACUGAUGGCUUUUUUCCCCCCUUCUUUGUGGUUGCCAAGAGAAAAUGCUCAUGUCUAGAGCUGUGCUGUUCGAGUUUUUUUGAAGCAAGUGCGAAACCAGGAACAGCGCAGGUGAGCGUUGUUGCCAUGCAAAAGAUUUGCAUUUCGGUGUUUGAGAAACUUGAAUUUUAUUUGAACUUGAAAAGUGACUUUGCCUUAACUUUUAUACCAGACAAGCAUAGAGUGUAGUGUUUGUCCCUCCCCCGCUACUAAAGAAGAGAGAAUAUAUAGUGACCUAAGGCAGAGUGCAAAUAAAUCUAUUGGCGUCUUUUGUUUCUCUUUGCCCCUAUUGUACAAAAAAAGGAAUAGUUUCGAUUCAGGUUGUUUUGGGCGGGCAAAAGUGAAACCGUGUAAAUGCAAACAGAGUUGAUACUGUAUUAAAUAUUAUGCACUUUGAGGUGUGUGCUUUGCUUGUACAGUUGUAAAUACAAAGAUUAAAAAAAUAGGAGGUACCUAAAAAAAGUCUAUUAAUGUUGCUAACGAGCUGGAUGUAGGAUUUAAACAACAAAAAAAACGUAAUGUUGUGCUUUUCUGAACUUUUUUUUCUAAUUUGAUUUGCGUGAAUUUUGACAAACUGUAAUUUUUUUGUUUGUUUUCAUUCCAUUGACACGUUUUUCCUUCUUGUUUACACGCCGGUGUUUCACCACAAAAAAAGUAACAAAGAAAACACUCAACGCAAAAAGACCACAAACUUCCUCAACUACCGGUAUUUUUUUUUCUUUUAGGGAAACUUUCAAGAGUGUGGGAGAUUCCUACCAAACUCCUAUUGAUGUGUUCAUCUUAGAUCAGCAGAAAGAAAAAUUGUGUUAAAUUUGCAUUUAUCAGAACACUGACUAACAUUUUGUGUUUAUUUUGAUGAGCAUUUUUCUCAAUUGUACCAACUAUGGUCUUGGAGCUAAGCUAAACUACACGCAUCCGUAACACCAUUUGAGUUCUGCAACAUUGUCUUGGCUACUCUAAUCAUCAUCCUGUAGUUUUGGUUUUUAUUUUAAUUUUAUUUUUGGGCAUCUGAUUUUGCGUACACUGCUGAGGUUGUAACACGUAAAGCACAUUUGAAGCACAGGCUAACUGAUGCAUACUUCUCGUUAGCCACCUGCUUGUUAGCUUGCGGCUAGGUUUGGCCCUUGAAAUGUUGAUCCUGUCUCAACAUUUGUAAGAAAGUCAAAACUUUUUUGUCUGGUUUAGACCUCUUCAUGUGAGUGAAAAGUACGGACGUUUUUUCAUAAAACAAAAAAAAUGACUGCAAGAGGGCGCUAGUCUGUGGCUAGCGUGUAGUUAGCGCGCAACUAGUGUGUUCAGUUUGGGCGUUUCCCCCAUCAUCACUGGCCUGAUUUCCUUCGGACUCUGAACUGUGAACGCGCACGUGUGUGCAAACAAACAGAGCCGCCCUUCCGGAAAGAUGGUCGCCAUCAUCUCACUUGGGCGAUGCCCCAUCUCCCCUCGGGUGACCGUUCAUAUUGCUCACCUCUGUCCUCGUUGGCUUGUUUUGACCAUGCCGUUGUCUCCUUAAUGGAGCACAACUGAGAAAAACACCAAAAUUUGUGUCUUUCUUGUAAAACCCAAUGAAUGCAAAAGAUUCAAGUUCUAUCUACUCACUGUGGUUUCACUCAUUAGCGCUAACCUACUUGCUACGCUAACAGCUGUGGACAAUCGUGGAUUCUGCGUCAGGGCUCCCCUAAAGACACCUUUAACCAUCUUUUUUCUUUGUAUUUUUUUGUGACUAUUUGACCUUGUUUUUUGCUGUUUUUUUUCUUUUGUGAGACUGGAAUCAAGCGCGUGGUUGGCUUGGAGAUAAUUUAUGUUACUCUUGUGACAGGAUGUUCAACUUGUCUUAUUUGGAGGAAAUAAAUGUAGCUUACUGGAAAAUAAACAUUUAGGCACUGUUGAGGAAA